AUUAUAUCUUUCUGAUCUAUAUUACGUUCUUGGUCCGCCAUCCGAUCGGGUUAAUCCCAUCAUUGGUGCUUUCAUUGAGAAGAAACUGUGAGAUAAGGCUGUGAGAUUAUGGCCGGACGAAGGACGAGACGUAACACCGCUGCUUCCGCCCAGUCGACGGUGAGGAGUGACCACCCUGAACAGGGUAUGAUCGUUCCUGUAAAUGGGUUGGAAACGGCGUUGAAUAAUGUUGCUAACAUGAUGGCCAACAUUAUGGAACGAUUGGAUAAGGCUCUCCCUAGUCCAUCCGGUACCCGGGACAUCCCUGCCGGGCAACCCCGCCAGGUCCUGCGUACUGCGAGUUCUCCUAUCCUCCAGGAACUUCAUGAUCCGGAGGAGGUCGAGAGGGAGAGGCAGGCCGUUGCUAGACGCCGAACGGAGGAAUUGACCCAGAAUAGUAAGGUGAAUGGAGACUGGGCCAAGGCUGCAAGCCAGGUCGUCGGCAAUGGAAACGGAAACCCGCGGGGAACUGUCUUUGAAAGGAUAUCUCGCCAGAAAGCUCACGUUAGUGAGAGGCUGGGGAAGAAUCUGGAAAAGGCACCCCAGGGUUGGGUACGACCCCAGGCCAGCCGGGUGGCGUCUUCUAACCGCGAACCCCGCCAGCGAAUUGGCCGCGCGUCUGGGGCCGCCGGUGCCGGAAGCGGGCGAAUUCCAAGAUCUGAGGCAACAGAUCCAGGAGAUGCAGAGGAAGAUAAAUAGGGGACGAGUAUUCACAACUCGGACGAAUACUCCCUUAGCCCCGGAGAUCUUUGCGGAACCAUAUCCGCAGGGAUUCAAGAUGCCGUUCGUUAAGCGUUACGAUGGGGAAUCAGAUCCCCAGGAACACAUAAAUAGCUAUGUCCAGG